CAAAUUUUAAAAUUGGUUAUCGGAGUUGUAUCUCCUCUACCUAGAUUUAAUUUCAAAGCUAGCUGGAAAGCUAGUAGAGAAUACGAUCUCGCGGAAAUGAAGCAAACAUCAACUUAUCGAGGCGAUUAUAUCAGGUUUAAUGGCCAUAUUGCUAUCUUGGUGGUUCCUUGGAUCCCAAGCAACAAUAUUAGAUCAACCGUACGUACGCAGCAGAUCCAGACUACAUUACAUUGCCAUGAAAUCUGAUUAUUCAGAUCUUCAAGAUUAUUGCCAAGGGUGGUUUAGGUCGAUCACAAGGCACUAUAUAUUAAUAUAGUUAUAUGUUUAAUAUUUAUCUCUUGUUGAUAAUCAUGGCUAAUAUAGUUAUAGGCUAAGCAUUGUCGGAACAGAAGCACAAUUCAAAUUAUUCUGUGAAAUGAGAGAACAUGUAGAGAAGAUUCGUUGAGAGAAAAAGAGGCAGUGAGAGAUAGAACGUAACGUAGUAGCGUCAAUAUUCGUUUUGUGAUAUCAGCCAACGCGCAGCGUCAAUAUUGAAUUUUCAACCUCGCCAAGUCUACAAGUUUUGUUUAGUUUUUGUCUUUAUAUUUUAAUCUUGGCUCAUAAUUUUAUAAUGUACUUAAUGGGAAGCAAAACAAAUUUUGGUCAAUAUUGACGUUUUUUUAGGUUUGAAUUGGCCAGAGGAUGACUUGGAAAGCAUUUCAUGGAUAAACACGGCACUUAGCUAGAUUAUAUUUUACUUGUCCUCACUAAACUCCAAUUUUCCUUAGCUCAUUGAGAAUGACCUUUUCUAAAAUUUUAAAUACAACUUUAUGUUUUCAUCAAAAGACUUGAAUUCAUCAAAGUUGAUGAAACUUUAUGUUUUCGUACGUUAUAUAUGUAGUAGGGAACCACUUCAUUAAAAAGACCCGAAACACUAAUUUACCAUCACUACUCGGAACACUUUUUCUUUUCACAAAUAUUUAGUGAAAAAAUGAGCUUCCUUUUUCGUUCCAUCUGUUUCCUUAUCCUCAUUCCAAGUUUCCUAAUCACGUUUGUUUCUGCUACGCAACACUUGUGUUAUCCCGACCAAAAAGAUGCUCUUCUUGAGUUCAAGACUGAGUUUGAGAUGGUUGAUUCAAAAUCAUGGGUGAACAAAAGUGAUUGUUGUUCUUGGGAUGGUAUCACAUGUGAUGCUAAGUCGGGAAAAGUGAUCGGGCUAGACCUUAGUUCCAUCUUCCUCUAUGGCCAGCUUAAAUCCAACAGUAGUCUUUUUAAACUGCAUCAUCUCCGUGAUCUAAACCUGGCUAACAACAAUUUCAACAAUUCGCCAAUACCAGCUGAGUUUGAUAAACUCAUAAGGCUAGAAAGACUUGACCUCUCUCGGUCUUCACUUUCAGGCCAAAUUCCAAUAAACCUUCUUUGGUUAACCAAGUUGGUGUCUCUUGAUCUUUCUUCUAGUGAUUUUUCCAUUGAUGACAAAUCUUCUUAUUCUUUAUCCAUUGAUGAAUCUUUUCUUCGUCUACUUGCUCGAAACUUGAGGAACCUUAGAGAACUGGAUUUGAGCUACGUAAAAUUUUCUUCAGAAAUCCCCCACGAGUUUUCAAACAUGCAGUCUCUAAGAUCUCUAAAUCUUAACGGCUGCAACCUGUUUGGAGAAUUUCCAAGCAGUGUUCUUUUGAUUCCCAACUUACAGUCUAUUGACUUGGGGAACAAUCCUAAUCUAAGAGGCAAUCUUCCCGUUUUUCGUGAAAAUAACUCUUUGCUAGAGUUGACCAUUUUCUACACAGCCUUUUCAGGUGCCAUACCUGAUUCCAUUAGCAAGCUCAAAAAUUUGACUUCUUUAACCCUUUCUGUUUCCAAGUUCUCUGGGAAGAUUCCGUUUUCACUUGGGAACCUUUCUCAUCUCUCCUAUCUCAGUCUUUCUUCUAAUAAUCUUGUUGGUGAAGUCCCAUCUUCAAUUGGCAAUCUAAACCAAUUGACAAAUUUUUAUGUUGAUGGUAACAAGCUUAGUGGAAACUUGCCAGCUACACUUAGCAAUUUGACCAAACUAAAUGCACUCUCUAUCUCUUCCAACCAGUUCACAGGUUCCCUUCCACCUAGUAUUAGCCAACUCUCCAAAUUAGAGUUCUUUUUUGCUGAUGAUAAUCCUUUUAUAGGAGCCAUUCUUUCAUCCCUACUCAAGAUUCCCUCAUUGACUAGGAUCUAUUUGAGUUAUAACCAACUCAACGACCUUGUUGGGAUUGAGAAUAUCUUUAUGUUACCUAAUUUAGAAACCUUUUAUAUUUACCAUUACAAUUACACCAAAGUCCGUCCAGUUGACUUAAAUGUCUUCUCGCCUCUUAAGCAGCUAGGCACAUUAUAUAUCUCAGGCAUCCCCUUUUCAACAACAAACAUCACUUCUAAUUCAGAUUUUCCAUCAAGUUUGGAAUAUUUGAGCUUGAGAGGCUGCAACAUCACUGAUUUCCCUGAUUUCAUAAGAAAGGGGAGAAAUCUACAGAUUCUAGACCUUUCCAACAACAAAAUCAAAGGUCAAGUACCAAACUGGUUGUGGAGAAUGCCAAAGUUGAAUAGUGUGGAUCUUUCUAACAACUCGCUCAGCGGUUUCCAUGGAUCCGUUAAUGCAUCUCACAAGAGUCAACUCACGAGUUUAGACCUAAGCUCAAAUAAUUUUCAAGGACCACUCUUCAUCCCAUCCAAGUCUCUCAAAUAUUUUUCUGGUUCUAAGAAUAACUUCACUGGAGAGAUACCUCGAUCAAUAUGUGGACUAAGCUCUCUAGAGAUCCUAGAUCUAUCAAACAACAACCUCCAUGGUUCAAUUCCUUGGUGUUUCGAAACUCUGAUGAUUUCUCUUUCAGAUCUAGAUCUCCGUAACAACAGCCUCAGCGGAAUUCUUCCCGAAAUAUUUAUUAACGCGACAAAGUUAAGUUCACUUGAUGUUAGCCACAACCAACUGGAGGGAAAGCUUCCUGCUUCUCUUACUGGUUGCUCUGCUCUGGAAGUUCUAAAUGUUGGAAGCAAUAUAAUCAACGACAUGUUUCCCUUCCAGUUGAAUUCUUUGCAGAAGCUUCAAGUUCUUGUCCUCCGCUCUAACAAGUUUCAUGGCACAUUACAUAACGUUGACGGGGUUUGGUUUGGAUUUCCUCAGUUGCAAAUCAUUGAUGUAUCACAUAAUGAAUUCUUCGGUACCUUGCCAUCUGACUACUUCAAAAACUGGGCUAUGAGAUCCUCCAAGAAAGAUGAUAAUAUAGAACCAGAGUACAUUCGGAAUCCUAAUUUAUAUGGCUCCUCACUUAGCUACUACACUUCACUUUUUUUGAUGAGUAAAGGAGUAUCAAUGGAGAUGGAACGUAUUCUUACGAUCUACACGGCCAUCGAUUUUUCAGCAAAUCAGCUACAUGGAAAGAUUCCUGAUUCUAUUGGUCUGCUGAAGGAGCUUCGAAUUCUAAACUUGUCAAGCAAUGCUUUCACAGGCCACAUCCCAUCUUCUUUAGCAAACCUGACGAAUCUCGAGUCACUCGACAUAUCCCAAAACAAUAUUUCUGGUGAGAUUCCUCCUGAGCUUGGGACCCUCUCUUCUCUGGCGUGGAUAAACGUUUCACAUAACCAGCUUGUAGGUUCCAUACCACAAGGCACACAAUUUCAGCGCAAAAAUGCUCCUCCUAUGAAGGAAACCCCGGACUUAAUGGUCCUUCCCUUGAGAAUGUUUGUGGACAUAUCAAAGCGCCAACACCACCACAACCCGAACCUCUGGAGACAGAAGAAGAAGAAGAAACAUUGAGUUGGAUAGCAGCAGGUUUAGGCUUUGCACCUGGAAUUGUAUUUGGACUAGCGAUGGGAUACAUAGUGGCAUCAUACAAGCAUCAAUGGUUCAUGAAGACUUUCGGCCGAAGCAAGCAACAGAACACGAGAACUCGUUAAGUCACUCAUCGACCAUUCUCCCUUCCUAAACGCAUUGUUGUUAUGUUCAUAAAUAAUUUGUUGUAUUUCAGGUGUAAUAAAAUAUCAUCUUUUGAACUAUCAGUAAGCCAAAGACUCACAAUAAAAAGUUAGUUUAUAGGUUUAAUACUUUAAUAUGUUUCCCACUUUCCACAUUGUUGGUGAAUAAUAUAAAUAUUAUUGUUGAGUGAA